CCACUCGCUAGCCUUAGCAAAAUCCGCCCAAAGACAAACAAAAAUGACGACAAAUAGCGCGGAAGAUAGCGCAGUGUAGAUUUAUUGUUUUAUCUUCUGCAGAAGCCUAAUUAGUAUUGUUUGUUCAUCUUUUUUUAAUGAGUGACUAGACCUGGCAAUAUAUUCCACAGGAAUGCUGGGUUGGCCAUCUGGCUUUGGGCUUCUUGAUUGAUGUGACAGGCGCUGAAAUUUGAAGUUCAGUUGAGAGGCGAAGCCGCUGCUCUCCCUAUAAAAUCUGCCUCCCUGCAAUGGAAUGGAUAGAGUCGAAGCACGGGAUUUCAACGACAGUUCAGAGACUAUGCUACCGAGAGUGGCAGUGACUGAACGCCAAUGUGUCCCGAGCGUCUCCAUGGUAACAAACCACGCGCGUCUCUCUGUUGAUUUAACUUCACUUCCUGGAGCUGCAACAAAAAUGUCCGAGACCCAAGAUAGGCACGGUUUGGAACAUGCUGAUUUAGACAAUUAUUUUACUGUUUUUGCUGGAUCCUCAGAAGAAGAUGUGUCAUACGCCAAGGUCUUCUGGAGUUCUGUCACUCUACAGCCACCUCUGGAGUCGCGCCUGGUUUCGGCCGACAUCAGUCAGAGGUUGAAAGUAGCCGGGAACCCUCAACAUUAUGUGAGUACUGGCAAUGAACCCCCUGUCCUGGACCUAAGAAGUGAGGAGAACCUCCAGGCAGCGUAUCUGAAGGAACGGGCAGAGGAGAAGAAGAGAUACCUGGAGAUGGAAUUUAAUGGGCAGGAGACGUGCUUUUGUGCUCCCCUUCGCUCCAGCCUGGUUUCCUUUACUCUGGAAACAGCAAUUUAAAGAAGAGCCACAACCUUACCCUCCCUUUCCCUCCUCAAUCAAUCGCUAUUCCCAGCAAAUGACAUACGGCCUCACCCUGUAAUAGCCAUUUUCACAGAGACACCCCCCAAGAUCUCUCAUAUAUUAUACAAUAUCUACAUAAAAUUGCACAUUUGACAAUGUUAAUAGCCAGUAUUUUUGGUGUAUGUCCAAAAGCGCUUUCCUGGAACGUUGGUUUUCAAGUCCUGUAAUGUAUUGUCGCUGACAAAUACAUUACGUUGUGAGCAUGAUUAAAGAGAGUGGGUUUUCUGUGGUUACACCGAAGGAGUCUUCCGGCGGAAUGGCUGCUCUAACCGGCCCCUCACACCGAACCUGCGUGACCUCAUGAGAAGUGGUUUUUGCAGAUAGUGUCCCUGGACUCAACCCUGCCCCUUUUCUACCCGUGAUUAAUGCGUCUGAGGAGCCUCUCCUGAGUCCCACCCUCCCGCUAGCCAACUUAACUAAUCUGAUUAGCUGGGCGAGGCUGUGUACUCACAGAUCAAUUCAUCUGAAAGGGGUUAUGAUGAUUAGGGAGGCAUUGAUUUAUCCCCCCAGUGCGCCCGUUACCGCCGGCCCAGGGAAGCGGCUCAUCUUUCUCCUGAGGAGAUGUGACAGUUCCUGCAAUAGACUAAAUGCUUCCUCGCAGCCAUGGCCAGCCCUGCCUUAUUGCCGCUAAACCAAUAUACUAAUUGCAAGGCAGGAAUUUAGGUAAUCGUUGACCUUACUGACCCCUCCAUCGUCCACAUUACCUCAAGACUAAACGAACACCAUUGUAGUUUUUUAGUGGUGCUCUUGUAAAAAUUUUCCUGAGUCAGAGACCAUCAGCCCCCUGGUCCAAUGAAGCAUCUGCCCCGUGGGGCCAGCCCACAGGGCGCCGCUGCGUCCAAAACCUGUGAUCAAUCAAGAGCCCCAGAAAUGCAGGUUUUUUUAUAUGAAAAGUGCUUUUGCACACUGUCUGCAAAACUGUGUGAACUUUUAGUCAUUUAAUUUUAUUAUGUAAUAAAUGGUAUGCCUUAGUUAGACCAUCCUCAUUCCUCCUACUUCUGGAUCAGUCUCAAAGGGGCCUCCCUCCAGUUUCUGGAAUAACUGUGUGCCCUAUUUUCCACAUACACAAUAUACUUAUUAUAUUAGGUGUUUUAGAAAACAUACAGGCUAUUGUUGUUGCUUUUAUAUAUCAUUGGCUGCACUUCACAUUAUUAUAUAGCCUACUAAUUACGCAAAUAUUGUGAGAAAGUGUAGUUGUCCAAUCUAGGUUCUGCAACUCAGUGUGACAUCUUAUAAGCAAAUAUACAGUAUUUUGUAUUGUAUUAUAUAUUUAUAAAUUAUAUAUAAUUAAAGAAAUUGGAAAUGGAUUUUCCAAUUUGAUAAUCCACAGAAUAUUUGCUGUUUUCAUGUAAUUCACGUAAUGAUAUGGCCCUUGUAUUUGGGGUUUUAUAUUGUGCCAUGAGUGGGCCAGGUUUUCCUUCAGGUCAGAGUUGUGGGUCAGGGCAGAUUGAUGACUGUUUCUCUGUUCUCCCAUUGAGAGCAAUCAUCCUGCAAGCCGGUAAAGGGUAGUCCCCCGGAGAAGGGAUCAAUUCAGCCAGAGUCCUCUUAAGUAAUUAACCUUCUCCUAGGGCUCUGUGAAUCACACCAUUCCACAGAGCCUUCUCAUUUUAUACAAGCAGACCUUUCUUUGGAAAGUCUGUCUGCUCAUAGAACCAAGGACACAGAACUCUCCCAAAUGUUCAUGUAUUGCCAUAUGCUAAAAAAGAAAAAGAAAAAA